AUGACUGCAGAAGACCUAGAGAAAGCUUCCAAGAGAUACCGGCGGUCAAAGAAGCCGACAACAGCGACUACAGAUCUCAAUGAGACCGAAGAAGAGGCAAUCAAUCAAGCAGAAAGCGAUACAGAUUUACUUGACGACCUAGAUUCAGAGGACGAUCAGAAGGUCGUUAAGGAGAAGGAUUAUGGACUGAUGCCAGGAGAGACACCAUACCGCGACUGGCCUGGACCUAGUGCAGGGGAGUGCCAGGUUGUCUACGACAUCCUUGUUCAGGAAUACCAACAGAGAGAGCAGAGUGAAGAGCCUGCAAAGCGCAAGGCACUCAACUUUAUCCAACCAGCCACAAUACCGCCAGCUUCUGCCAAUGUCGCUGGGUGUGGAGAGGUGCCAUGCUUGGUCGAUGCCAUGAUGAGAACAAUCAUCAGCCAAUCGGUCACACGAGAAAGCGCCGACAAGGUGAUAGAAAAGAUCAUCAAACUGAUUGGUAUGCUUGACAAGAAAGGACCUGGACCAGAGAGCAUCAAUUGGAAUGCUCUGCGACAUGCCCCGAAAGAUGCGGCGCUGGAGGCUUUCCGACCAGGUGGACUGGGUCCCACAAAGUAUAACGCCAUCAAGACGUGCCUCAGCAUGAUUCGCAAAGACAACAAGAAGAGAGCAAAGACGUAUCUCAAGGAGAAGGAAACGGAAGAGCCUACUGUUACGCCUGGAACAGCGAGACUGAGUCCAGAACAAAGGGGCCAUCAGCUGAGCAAGAUCAAUGCGGGAAUACUUACACUGGAUCACAUCCGAGUCAUGAAGCCGCAUGAUGCAAUGCUAGAGCUUAUCAAAUACCCCCGGGUGGCAGUCAAGACUGCUUCUUGUCUUCUCCUAUUCAACUUGCAGAUGCCCAGCUUCGCGGUCGAUACCCAUGUACAUCGGAUGACAAGAUGGCUGGGAUGGGCCCCCAUGAAAGCAAGCCCUAACGACACAUACAUGCACUGCGACUUUCGAGUGCCUGACCAGCUCAAGUACGGACUUCAUCAACUUUUUAUCGAGCACGGCGGAAAUUGCUACCGCUGCCAAGGGUCGACGGUGGAAGGUACUGCGAAGUGGAAUAGUACUGUCUGUCCACUUGAGCACCUUCUAGCCCGUGGCAAGAAACAGACCCAGGCGAAGGUGAAAAACAAGAGUGUGGGAGAGUCGGGCACGCUCGAUGUAUGGGUGAAAACCACCAAGCCUGAAGCUGGCGUAUCAGGGGUCGAUUAG